GCACACCAUCAUGGCGAUGGGUUUUAGUUGCAUCUUUGAUUUACAAUUGAGAAAUUUAUCGUGAUGGUCUGAAUCGCAUUUUUUUUAUAAUUAUUUUUAAUAACAGUAAAAACUUUCAUUAAUACUUUAUUUCAACUACAUUCAUAUGAAUUAUAAAUUUCACUAUGGUAAAGUUAACAGAAGAAAUGGUCGUUGCUCGGACUCGAAUGUCCGAUUUCUCUGCCGUAAAGAAACUUAAUUGUUGGGGUACAGAAUUAACUGAUGUGAGCAUUUUAAGGAAAAUGAAAAAUGUGGAAGUAUUGUCAUUAAGUGUUAACCAUAUCAAUACCCUUGCUGAUUUUCAAUUCUGCUUAAGUCUUCAAGAAUUAUUUGUUAGAAAUAAUAAUAUUGAAGAUUUGAAUGAAGUUUGUUAUCUUCAAGGUUUACCAAAUUUAAGAAAUUUAUGGCUUGAUGAAAAUCCUUGUGCUGAGAAAGAAGGGUAUCGAUUAGCAGUACUAAGAGCUUUACCAAAUCUACAAAAACUUGAUAAUGAAAUAGUAUCACCUGAAGAAGUGCAAACUGCAUUAACAAGAGGUCGUGUUUUGGUCCAUCCUCUUCUUGAUAUGUAUGCUUCCCCACCACAAUCAGAUGCAGUUAGUCCAGAAGAUAUUACUACUGAAUAUAUUGAAGGAUCUGAAGUGAUACGACAUCGAAGAUAUAGUUCCUCAAGUGAUCAGAGAAGUUUUGAAGAAACACAACACGCUCAAGAAGAAUAUCAUGAUCCAGACCAUAGAAAUGCAAAUUAUAAUGCAUCGCCAUCUCAUCAUUAUUCUCAAAAUAAUCAGUAUGCAUAUGAGCAACAGAAUGGACAGACAAAGAAUCAAAGCAAAGAUGACACUAUACGUACAGAGUCGCGCAACGUCAGUGAAAACGUGGCCACUAACACUAUUGAAAUGAUCAAGGAGUAUGAUGACCAGCCAGCAAUUUCUAGACAUAAUGGAGAUUAUGAUGAAAGAAGAACUUAUUCAGAAUUCGGUAAUAAUGAUACAUCGCAACGAACAUAUGCAUCAACAUCACCAAGGACACAAUACUCUACAAAUGAAGUUAUAGAUGAAAGACGAACAGAAAGAAAUAAUUAUGAUUAUGAUAAUAGAUUGAAACCUGAAUAUAAAGAGCAACAUGAUCAUAGAAUAAAAUCAGAAUAUGAAGAGCAACAUGAUCAUAGGAUAAAAUCAGAAUAUGAAGAGCAACAUCAACCAUCAUCCCAACCUAGACGAAUAGCAGCUCAGCAUAAUAUAGAAAGGGAAGAUUCGAAUCAAGUACCUGGAUGGGUAAGACAUUCUGAUAAGGAAAAGUGUAGAUCACAGUUUCAUUACCAUAGAAGGCCAGUUACAAGGAACUCAAAUAUAUUAUCGGCUGUAUUAUGUUUAGUUAAGGAGCUUGAUUAUCCGAGUUUAGAAGUGGUAGAAAUGGCUGUUAGAAAUCGAAUGGAUGAACUAGAAGAAUGAUGUUUCUGACGCCGU